AUGCAGAGAAUUGUGGAUAAAAAGAUUAAACCUCAAAAAGUUAACUUAAUGAAAUAUUCUGUAAUGUUAGCUUUCUUCAUUUUGUCAAGGGGAAUUAACGUAAAUCAAACAUUUGAUCCGAACAUGGUUUGUACACGAAGUGGAUCAUGUAUUGAGAAACCGCGGCUAGAUAUUCGAGCGGAUGCCAAUAAAACAGAAAAACAAAGACAUGCUAAUUCUUGCUUUUCAAAGAAUGCCGCAUUGGGUUGUCAUGUGCCUGGACCGAAAAUUAAGACGUGUAUGGAAACGAAUACGAAAGAUUAUGAUAAUUUAUUACAAUCUAGUGGUGCGAAUUAUUCUCUAUUUAGUAGAUUAUUGGUGUCUUAUGAGCUGUGCUCUGAUCGCUACGUUGAUAUUUCAUCAAAAAAUAUGAAUCAGAACCUGAAAUGGAGCUUGCAUGAAACAACCGAAAGAAAAAAAGAAAAUGGUGCCAAUCAAAACGGAAUAAAAACAGAAAUAUUGGAAACGGGUGGUAAUUUGCAGAGUAAACCAUAUUCAAUGCAAAAGUAUUCACGAAAGAGCCCGGUACGUGAUGCACGACAAAGACAAUUUCAGGAGAAUUGCCGCAAGGCAUCGCAAGAUGCGGAUAAAGAGUGUGCAUCGAAAAUAUUUUAUUUAUCUGACAGCUCAUCCGACUCGGAUAAAAAGUGUGCAUCAAACGUAUUUUAUUUAUCUGACAGCUCAUCCGACUCGUAUGACCAAAAAUUAUUUAACCCGGCUAACUCACGACGCUCCAUCGCGAACAAAGCGUUCGAAAAUAGAGAUGCUAUGCGGGUGUUAAAAUGUUUGCAAAAAGACAUUGGUCUGAUCAGCAUGCUUAUCGACAUAACGGUGUUCAAUUUCCAAGUUUAUAUGUCACAAUCAGCCGGUGCACCAUAUGCUGUGCUUAAUCUCAUUACGAUUUUGGAAAAAUUCUGGUGUUUUUUGCACGAUGUGCCCAGGAAUUACGAAGCUGAGAUUAAAGCCAAGCAUGUUCAAAUCCACAGACUGCGACUGACCCUACCACACUCGUUCAGAGAAUUAACGAAAAUGUUAUACGGUACGUCCGAGACUAGGCUAGCCAUUUUACGUAUUGAGCAGUUGACUGAGCAGAUAUUGAGCAUUUUUAAUGAUUAAAACUGG